AUGUUCUUCAGGUUUCAUAGCACAACAUUACAAACAUGCCUGACGUCUGGAGUCGCUCGUUCCUCCGUCGCCGUUGCAGUGCCUUUACGAGCGGGGUGUACUCGACGGGAAAUGUCAUCGGGAGGCGACGGGGUUUUGGAAGGUGCGAUGCAUAAGCCUGGCGAAUCCGGUCUCCAGGCGGGGAGCAGCACCACCAUUGCUGGUAAGGAAACAUGGUCUCAAUUUAGUACCAAAAUGAGGUAUGGUAGGCGUCGUAUUCGAGUUAUUGAUGUUGCAGCAAAGAUGUCAUAUGAGUAUCAAAUGCUCCGGAAAAUGUGCAAGCGUCGCCCCGCCAUGCGGCAGUGGGCAGUGCGGGAUGACUUCUGCGAUAUGAAUCCCGGUGUGGUGAUCAUGUCGCCUUCGAUGCAAGCAGCCUUUAUGAAGGUAUUUCGUAUGAAGGAAAAGGGUCUCAUUCGUCAGUGCCUACGUGAUAUUGUCCCUGUCAUUGAGUACCGCAACCGAGAGGAACCAGCACGACUCCCAACAAACCCAGCAGACAUGAUCCCGGAGGGUGAACCCGAUACGCUAAAUCAGAAAAAACGGGAACUAUUUGAGCGGCGUGAGAAGGGUGAAAACUUUGCCGAUCUCCGUCUCCACGACAAAAGAUCACAAGCGAAACUCCGCUUUAGGAUUCGCCAACGGUUGCUAAAGUUUCAACGGCAACUGGCAGUCGCCAAUGCAAUUGCCAGCCGAUCUGUACUUUACUCCACAAACGAUGCGAUUGGCUACUUUCUGUUCCGUGGGGCAGCCAUGUAUGCCGGGAUGCAUCGCGUGUUUUUUGAACUCAGCAAACAAUUGCCACACUUCGUGCCCAAAACUAUGUUAGACUUCGGGGCUGGCACUGGGACUGCCAUACUUGUCGCGAAGGAGGUGUACGAUCCCGGUUCCCUUGCUUACCCGCUUUACCGAUCACUUCGGCAGACAAUGCAGGGAAAUGAUUCCUCCCGUACACAUCAGCUCUCCGAGUUGCGGUAUGACCUCAAGCGACUGCAGCGCAACAACGAGGAGAAAAAGAAGGUGCGCUUCAUGGCGGUUGCAGCGUUACUGGAGCGCGGCGAGGUUGACCCUGCAGAUCUUCCAGAAGACCUAAAGCGAGAAAUUGCUGAGGUUGCGACCGCUGCUGCAACUGCAAAAAAGGACCGCCUUGUGCGGGAGGCACAUGCGAGGUACCGUGACGUAGUUGAUGGUACCGAAUGGGAGAGCGGCGAUCCUCUCGGGGAGGUUCGUGCGAGUACGGAGGAUCCGGAGGAUGUUAUCGACGGAGAACAGGGCGACGGCGGCGAUGACGGCGAGGCGGCGAAGGGUCGCCCGAAAACGUGGUGGGAAAAGCUUAUUGAUGUGGAAAAUGAAACAGCUCGCACUCGCGCCGCCAGACGACUUCGCCCUCUUCAGGAAGUUACUGCAGUAGAGCCAAGUCCAGGCAUGAUGGAGAUAGGGACGAUGGUUCUUCAUGACGAUGUACCCAACGUUACGUGGAAGCGUUAUUUGCUUCCCGAAGAUGAAGCGAUCCAACACGAUUUGGUUGUUGCCGCGUAUUCACUUAGCGAAAUUGCCACCUCAGAGAACCGCCGCCGCAUUGUGCAGCAAUUGUGGAAGAUGACCAAAGGUGUUCUUGUGUUUGUUGAGUUUGCUAAUCUUAAUAACUUUAACAUCUUAAUGGAGGCGCGCGACUGGAUCCUCGAGGAAAAGGAUGUUGGUCUCUGGGAUUGGCAGCCCACCAUUGUAGCUCCUUGUCCCCACGAACAUCGCUGUCCUUUGAGGCACUGCAAAACUGGUGUGAAGCGAAAGCGUAUGCGUAUUUGCAGCACGGAAGCGCACUACCGUUCCACAUUUGUUGAGGUGUGGGCACGGCAUAUGCCGCUGAAGGUUGGCAUUGAACCGAUUUCUUACUUGAUUUUGGCACGUAAUGAGCUUGUACCUGAGCGGGCCGAACGCCGACGAGAACAGUUGAAGAAAGCAGAAGAGAUGAAACGGCGGGAACGCGAUGUGAAGCAGCAGCAGUUGCAUGAGGCGUCGCUCGCAGUCAAAGACGUCGUGUUCGAGCGCCUUAGCGAUGAGGCACUUCACCGCGUGCAGAGUGGUGUUCCUCAACCUUUAACUGAUAUCGAUGAAGUUCGGGAGGCUUCCACCUCCGCAACUUCGACUUCUCUUCUCAAAGAUUUGAAAGACGGUGCGACGAGUACGGGUGAGAUUGGUCAUAUGCCAACUGAUGUGCCGCGGUUGGUGAAGACAGGCAACACCCGGCACAAUCGGCUCAUAUUUCCGCUCCAAUUUCCCCCGGCGACGCAUAAGUUUAACCGUGCGUUUGUGGAUGCGGGUUAUCAGAGGCAACGCGCCAUCACGCCUGCAGAAAUGCUUGUGGUGCGCCAAGAAGUUGAACAGCUGCAACAGCGUGUCAUGCGAGCUGCCCCGAAGUAUUUGCGUGUUGUGAGGGACCCACGUUGCCACGGCAAAGUGCAAGCUGAUUUUUGUACCCCAGAGGGUGAUCUUGUGAGUGGUCGCGUUUAUAGGCGUUUUUACGGCGAUAGGAAUCGCGUGAGUGCGCACAGUACGAUGCGAUGGCAACACAUUGGCGGCUGGAAGUUGCUGAAGCGCAUUCGACGGGGAUCUUUGUUCCCACACAAUGUUCCGCUGUAUGCUGUGACGAAGCACGCUCAGAUCGACUUUCCCAACACUCUUCUCGACACCAAGCACUCAACGGUAGAGCAGACGGCCAUGCAGUACAACGAUCCUAUGUCACUUGUGGAGAUGCCGGAUGAUGGACUAACCCGCGAGGAACUUAAACAAAAGCGUCGUUUGCAACGUGACGUUGAGCUGCAGAAAAAGGUGGAAGAGAAACUGGAAGAUAUAUUUGGUGUAAAUGCUAAGGACUGGAAGAUGGAUGACUUGGGUGGCGGACGUUUAGAUGCUCGCCGAGAGAUCAGUGAACAACAGUGGGCCGAUGCGGUUCGUCGUGCGAAGAUACGAACCGUACAGCACACUAAAAAUGCUCUCCCUUUUGCAGCAAAGAAACGCGCGGCUCAACGUGCCCUGCAGGUGCGGAGACGCAACGUGAGACUGGAGAUGUCAGGGAACCGACGCCGUUAA